UUCUGUUUUUGUUUCAGAUCUUCAGCAUUUGCAGUUCUUUGUCGUAUUGGAUUUCCUGGCUGUGGAAUAUUUAUUAUGAAGACAGAUUGGAUAGACUGAAAUUUUUGUUUUCCUUGGAGCAGAGGAGACUUGAGGGAGUGAGGUGCCUGAUUGAGAUAUAUAAAACUUUAAGAGCCGUAGUUAGGGUAGACUAGGGUCAUAGAUAUAAGUGACAGGAACUUUAGAUGGGAUAUGAAUUUUUUUUGUCCACCCAGAGACUAGUGGGAAUUCUGGUAGGUGGGAUAGAGACAGAACCCCUCAUAACAAGAGCUGGAAACUAGGAUUAGAAUAGUUAGGUGCUUGCUUUUGACCUGCACAGACUUGAUGGGCUGAAUGGCCUUUUCCGAUUCUGUAAACCUCUGUGAAUGUGUAACAUUUAUGAUCCAAUGAGAGCCAUAGAUUGCAAACUCAUUUAAAAUGUUAAGGAAUGUUCAAAUGAAAUCAAUGAGAAGUUCUGAGGAAGUUAUAUCAAAGUUUCACAACCUUGGUGAGUGAAGCCCAACAGUGUAAGACCCAAAUAUUGGUUUUCAUUGUUACCUUUUUGGUUAGUUGUAAUUACCUGCAUGGUAAAACCAGACCUCAGUCUAAAUAAUUUUGAAGUGUGUAAGUUCUUUUGUCUGUUAUGAUACUGUACUAAGCCUUAGAGAAUAGGAUACUCCUUAAAUAGUUGAUUUUCACAGUGGCCACGAGCUCAAACCAGUGGUAGGGGGUGGUGGACUUGGCUUCUGCCAGGGGCAGGAACAAAAAUAGUCUAGUUAUUACCUAUAAUAAUUCAGCAACUGUUAGAAAGGGCAUGCCGACCUUGGAUAAGAACUGAAUGGAUUUAAGUGUGGAACAGGCUGCCAACACUCAGCAAAAUCACAUUUUACUCAGAUUAUCCGUAAAAUCCAUUCCAGGAAUUGUUCCCUCAGUGCAGGUCGGCGGAAAAUGGGGCGCAUUUUCGAGCAAGAGUGAUUGUCACCGCUUUGUAGCGAGAAAUGACAGCCCAGUCUUCUGUAAUUGUCCACUGGUGUCCAUGAAAUGCCUUAAAAUCGUUGCCAUGGCUGUAUCCAAAUUGUACCUUUGACCCUGGCAAGCUGACAAACAAGGAGAGAGAGAGGCUGCCGGGUAGAGCACACCACCCAGCACCAGACAGACACAGACAGAGUUAGUGCUGCAAAUAUGUCGGAUAGUAUCCCUCUGCAGCCUGUCCGCCACAAGAAAAUCCACGAUUCCAAACAGAGGAGCGGAUGCUGUGGCUGGUGCUGCAGAGGAAGGGAUUUCAAACCACGCACAGUGUGGCUUGGACAUCCAGAGAAGCGAGAUCAUAAAUACCCACGGAAUGUUAUCAAUAAUCAAAAAUACAACUUCUUCACCUUUCUUCCUGGGGUACUUUUUAACCAGUUUAAGUAUUUCUUUAAUCUUUACUUCCUGCUGUUGGCGUGUUCCCAGUUUGUACCAGAUUUGCGACUUGGCGCCCUGUAUACAUAUUGGGCUCCAUUGGGUUUUGUCUUGGCAGUGACAGUCAUUCGAGAGGCAGUGGAAGAGAUCCGAUGUUAUGUCCGCGACAAAGAAGUGAACUCCCAGAUCUACAGCAAGCUCACAGCAAGAGGGACUAUGGUUGUCAAGAGUUCAAACAUACAAGUGGGAGAUUUGAUUAUUGUCGAAAAGAAUCAAAGGGUACCUGCUGAUAUGAUUUUCCUCCGAACAUCAGACAAAAGUGGCUCCUGUUUUAUUCGUACAGACCAGCUAGACGGUGAGACUGAUUGGAAGAUGCGUUUGCCUGUUGGCUGUACUCAGAGAUUACCCAUAGCAGCUGAUCUGUUACAAAUACGAUCUUAUGUUUAUGCAGAAGAACCAAACAUUGAUAUUCACAGUUUUAUUGGGACUUUCACUCGGGAGGAUAGUGACCCACCAAUUAAUGAGAGUUUGAGCAUAGAGAAUACAUUAUGGGCCAGUACUGUCAUUGCUUCUGGUACUGCAGUGGGUGUUGUUAUCUACACUGGCAAAGAGAUGAGAAGUGUUAUGAAUACCUCUCACCCAAAAAGCAAGAUGGGACGGUUUGACCUGGAGGUGAACUGUUUGAUGAAGAUUUUGUUUGUUGCUUUGGUGGUGUUAUCGCUUGUCAUGGUUUCCCUGCAGCACUUCCGGGGUCGCUGGUAUCUCCACUUGUUUCGCUUCUUCCUUCUGUUCUCCCAAAUUGUUCCAAUCAGUAUACGUGUUAACCUGGACAUGGGAAAGAUGGUCUACAGCUUGAUGAUUAGGAAAGACUCUAAAAUUCCUGGCACAUUGGUACGGGCCAGUACCAUUCCAGAGCAGCUUGGGAGAAUAUCUUAUGUACUCACAGACAAGACAGGAACUCUUACAAAGAAUGAGAUGCAGUUCAGACGUCUUCACCUGGGAACGGUAUCUUAUGGGUUGGAUUCUAUGGAUGAAGUAGAAAGCCACGUUUUUAGUGCAUAUACACAGCCAGUGGUUUCACAAGAUAAGCCCCCUUCAACAGCUCCUAAGAUACGUAAAACUGUCAGUGUCCGUGUCCAUGAAGCAGUGAAAGCGAUCGCAUUGUGCCAUAACGUUACACCCGUCUACGAGUCUCAUGGGCCUGACUCAACUGAUCAAGCUGAAGCUGAGCAAAACUAUGAGGACGCAUGUCGGAUUUACCAAGCAGCCAGUCCAGAUGAGGUGUCUUUGGUACAGUGGACAGAGUGUGUAGGACUAACUCUCGUUGGCCGGGACCAAUCCUCUAUGCAGCUGAGGACACCUGGAGGACAUAUUCUGAACUUCAGCAUCUUGCAAGUGUUUCCAUUUACCUAUGAGAGCAAGCGCAUGGGAAUCAUUGUCAGAGAUGAAUCUACAGGAGAGAUUACCUUCUACAUGAAAGGGGCUGAUGUGGUCAUGAUGGGAAUUGUUCAGUACAAUGAUUGGCUUGAAGAAGAGUGUGGCAACAUGGCUAGAGAAGGACUUCGAGUGUUGGUUGUUGCUAAAAAGUCCCUGACAGAAGAGCAAUACCAGGAUUUUGAGACUCGUUACAAUCAAGCAAAACUAAGUGUACACGAUCGAUCAUUGAAAGUGGCAACUGUGAUUGAGAGUUUGGAGAUGGAAAUGGAGCUCCUUUGUCUGACUGGCGUGGAGGACCAGCUACAAGUUGAUGUCAGACCUACCUUAGAGAUGUUGAGAAAUGCUGGGAUAAAGGUAUGGAUGCUCACUGGGGACAAACUUGAAACAGCAACUUGUACAGCAAAAAAUGCACAUCUAGUAACCAGGAACCAAGACAUUCACAUCUUCCGAACUAUAACGAAUCGAGGAGAAGCUCACUUAGAGCUUAAUGCUUUCAGAAGGAAACAUGAUUGUGCAUUGGUCAUAUCCGGUGACUCACUGGAAGUGUGCCUGAAGUUCUAUGAGUAUGAGUUCAUGGAGCUGGCCUGUCAGUGCCCUGCUGUAGUGUGCUGUCGAUGUGCUCCUACACAGAAAGCACAAAUCAUACGACUGUUGCAGCAGAGGACUCGGAAAUUAACAUGUGCAGUAGGUGAUGGAGGAAACGAUGUCAGUAUGAUCCAGGCUGCUGACUGUGGAGUAGGGAUUGAAGGCAAGGAAGGAAAGCAAGCAUCUUUGGCAUCCGAUUUCUCUAUAACUCAGUUCAAACACCUUGGUAGAUUACUGAUGGUUCACGGACGCAACAGCUACAAGAGGUCAGCAGCUCUUAGCCAGUUUGUUAUCCACAGGAGCCUGUGUAUUAGUACCAUGCAGGCUGUUUUUUCUUCAGUAUUUUAUUUUGCUUCCAUUCCUCUGUAUCAAGGUUUCCUUGUUAUAGGGUAUUCAACAAUUUAUACCAUGUUCCCAGUGUUCUCUCUCGUUCUGGACAAGGAUGUGAAGUCAGAAGUUGCAAUGCUUUAUCCAGAACUAUACAAAGAUCUUACGAAGGGCCGACCACUCUCCUUUAAAACCUUCUUGAUUUGGGUUUUAAUUAGUAUAUACCAAGGUGGUAUAAUAAUGUAUGGGGCUCUUCUGUUGUUUGACUCAGAGUUUGUGCAUGCAGUAGCCAUUUCCUUUACUUCACUUAUUCUCACUGAGUUAUUGAUGGUGGCGCUAACUAUCCAGACCUGGCACUGGCUCAUGAUUGUGGCGGAACUUCUCAGUCUCAGCUGCUACAUUGCUUCGCUUGUCUUCUUGCAUGAGUUCAUUGAUGUCUACUUCAUCAUCACCCUAUCCUUCCUGUGGAAAGUCACAGUAAUCACUCUCAUCAGUUGCCUUCCCCUGUACGUACUGAAAUAUCUGAGAAGAAGAUUCUCUCCUCCCAGUUACUCGAAGCUUACCUCGUAGACGCUGAGAUGUGAAGAAUAGUCCAUUCCAUUAGGGAUCCACAUCCAACAAUUUGAGAAGUUUAUUUGACAAUUUCAAAUACUACUGAUGCACUAAAAUUAUAACUGUGACACUCUUGACCAACUGAUGAAUAACAAUUGGCCAGCAGACACUACCAGAGAUGCAGUAUAAUGCUUCAGAGUCAUAGGUUUUAAUUGCUACCAGAGUCAGAAAGGGAAUCAUGGUACUGUUCAAAAGUAGGUCAGGCAGAAAAAAAAACUAAAGAAAACCGAACACCAACCACUCAAUGAAACCGUGAUUCAGCCACCAAUACAAAAUUAUUUAAAAUUGUC